CACCGUCGAACGCAACCCUCCCCGCUUCCCGCUCGCCCAUAAAGCCAUUAUUUUUCGAGUUUCAUCCGCAGCCACUGUGCAAAAUAGGUUUAUCAAUUUAAUUUAAGUGUUAAAGUAGUUCUAAAGUGUUGUUUUAAGUUGCGCACGCCGUACCAAGGCCCACCGCCAGCAAAUGCCCUAAACGGAUGUAUCCGUUGCAUCGGAGUUUUUGCACUAAGUUGAUGUGAUUUUGCCGUGACUUCUGCGAACGAAGAAAAUCAUUUUUGGGAACGAAAGAAGCUGCAACAAAGGUUACGCGGCUCCAACAAGAUGCAGCACAAUGUUCAUGCUGCCCGGCCAGCGCCCCACAUCCGGGCUGCCCACCAUCACAGCCACAGCCACGGCCACAUGCAACUGCAUCCGGGCAUGGAGCAGCAUCUGGCCCAGAGUCUCCAGCAGCAGCAGCCGCCCCAGCAGCCUCCACAUCGCGACCAUUUGCAUGCACGUCUGAAUCAUCAUCAGCAGCAGCAUCUCCACGCUCAGCAGCAGCAGCAGCAGCAGACGCCAGCUGCGGCUGGGGCUGCCUAUCACCACGGCAACAUCAACAUCAACAGCAACAGCAGCGGCAGCAGCGCCAGCAACAACCUCGCCAGCAACAGCAGCAACCAGAUGCAGAAGAUCCGCCAGCAGCACCAGCACUUGAGUAGCAGCAACGGCCUGCUGGGCAACCAGCCACCUGGACCGCCGCCUCCGCAGGCCUACAAUCACAAUCCGGCUGCCCUGGCCUACAACCAGCUGCCCCCGCAUCCGCCGCACCACAUGGCCGCCCAUCUGGGCAGCUAUGCCGCUCCACCGCCUCCCCACUACUACAUGAGCCAGGCUGCGAAGCCCUCGAAAUAUAACCAAUACGCCGGAAAUGCAAACAGCAACAGCGGCAGCAGCAACUAUGCGCCCAAGGCAAUCCUGCAGAAUACGUAUAGGAAUCAGAAGGUGGUUGUUCCAGCAAUGGUGCAGGAAGUGCUCCCCCCAGAGGCGCCAGUGAACACCACCAAUAAUAAUAGCACCAACAGCAAUAGCAAAAGCAACACCACCAACAAUAUUGUCAAGGUCAGCGAGCCAGAGGAAACUACCCAGGAACAAGAGUCUUCAGAGGAGCCAGCUGCUCCAGCGGACGACUGCAGCAGCACGGAACACGUGGAUGCCUCGGGCACACUGCCCAACGAGGACACUAGCAGUUCAGGACGUGGGGGCAAGGAUAAGACCCCUAUGUGCCUGGUCAACGAGCUGGCCAGGUACAACAAGAUUACGCAUCAGUAUCGGUUGACCGGCGAACGAGGACCUGCCCACUGCAAGACCUUCACGGUGACCCUCAUGCUGGGCGAUGAGGAGUAUUCGGCGGAUGGUUUUAAGAUUAAGAAGGCGCAGCACUUGGCCGCCAGCAAGGCCAUCGAGGACACAACGUACAAGCAUCCACCGCCGAAGAUUCGGCGCAGCGAAGAGGGCGGACCCAUGCGCACCCAUAUCACGCCGACGGUGGAGUUGAAUGCCCUGGCCAUGAAGUUGGGCCAACGCACUUUCUACCUGCUGGAUCCCACGCAGAUUCCGCCCGCGGAUCCCAUGGGCGUGCCGCCGGAGUUUGGUGGAGCCCAUUUGCUGGCAGCACCAGGACCGCCGGGAAUGCCCCAGCAACCUCCGCCACCCGCUUACGCCCUAAGACAAAGACUUGGCAAUGGAUUUGUGCCCAUUCCGUCGCCACCGAUGCAUCCGCACUUCUUUCAUGGUCCCGGGCAGCGACCGUUUCCGCCCAAGUUCCCAUCGCGCUUUGCCCUGCCGCCACCGCUCGGAGCUCAUGUGCUGCACGGACCCAAUGGCCCGUUCCCCGCUGUUCCCACGCCGCCCAGCAAGAUCACCCUGUUCGUGGGCAAACAGAAGUUCGUGGGCAUCGGCAGGACUCUGCAGCAGGCCAAGCAUGAUGCGGCGGCCAGGGCAUUGCAGGUGCUCAAGACACAGGCCAUUUCCGCAUCGGAGGAGGCUCUCGAGGAUUCGAUGGACGAGGGCGACAAAAAGUCACCGAUCUCGCAGGUGCACGAGAUCGGCAUCAAGCGCAACAUGACCGUGCACUUCAAGGUUCUACGCGAGGAGGGACCGGCGCACAUGAAGAACUUCAUCACGGCCUGCAUUGUGGGCUCCAUUGUCACCGAGGGUGAGGGCAAUGGCAAGAAGGUAUCCAAGAAGCGGGCCGCUGAAAAGAUGCUCGCCGAAUUGCACAAGUUACCGCCCCUCACGCCCACCAAACAGACGCCCCUGAAGAGGAUUAAGGUGAAGACUCCUGGGAAGAAUGGAGCAGCGGCAGCAGCAGCAGCACGCGAAGGAUCAGCAGUCCCCGGCGCCGAGUGUGUGAAGCCAGAGAGACGCAAGCGCCUCAAUCCGCCAAAGGACAAGCUGGUGGACCUGGACGAUGCGGACAAUCCCAUCACCAAGUUAAUUCAACUGCAGCAGACGCGCAAGGAGAAGGAGCCCAUCUUCGAGUUGAUAGCCAAGAAUGGCAAUGAAACGGCUCGGCGGCGGGAGUUCGUCAUGGAGGUCUCCGCCAGUGGAAGCACAGCCCGAGGAACAGGCAACAGCAAGAAGCUGGCCAAGCGAAAUGCGGCGCAGGCUCUUUUUGAACUCCUGGAGGCGGUGGAGUUCACCCCCAGCAACGAAACCCAAUCCCCCGAAGAGGGCAGCACAACAGCCACAGUGUCCGUGGUCACGGCUCCUGUCGUAGAGACCACUGCAACUGCAGAGGGUGAAGUGCCCAUGGUCUCCACGCCAGUGGGUCCCAUGCCAGGCAUUUUGAUACUGCGCCAGAACAAGAAACCUGCGAAAAAGAGGGAUCCAGUUGUUGUGGUUGCCAAGGCCAAUGUGGAAUCCAAAGAGGAGGAGGCCAACAAGGAGGUGGUUGUUGCAGCUGAGGAGAAGAGCAGCACCAACGAGAGCUCCGGCGACACCAACAGUGGCAACAGUAGCAGCAGCGAUUCCCAGGCCACAGAGGUGGCCAGCGAGAGUGCUCUGAAUACCUCAACCGGCAGCAAUACGAGCGGUGUGAGCAGCAACAGCAGCAAUGCAGGUGCCUGCAACAGUGGCAACACAGACAACAGCAGCAGCAGCAACACCGCCAGUAGCAACAGCAGCAGCAGCAAUACAGAAAGCAGCAGCAACAGCACACCAAGUGUUGGAGUGCAUAUGAAAGAGCAGCUGCUGUAUCUGAGUAAAUUGUUGGACUUUGAGGUCAACUUCUCGGACUACCCCAAGGGCAAUCACAACGAGUUCCUCACGAUUGUGACGCUCUCCACGAAUCCGCCACAGAUCUGCCAUGGUGUUGGCAAAAGCUCCGAGGAGUCGCAGAAUGAUGCGGCCAGCAAUGCAUUGAAAAUACUCAGCAAACUGGGCCUCAACAAUGCCAUGAAAUAAGCAUAAAAAAAACCGUUGAAAUUUUUUUUGUUUCAAACCCUCUAUUAACUGCAAUUUUUGUUGUUGCACAUAUGCAAGAUAAAAGCAAAAAACAAUUAAAAUACCCGUCCACAAAGCAAACCUAAACCUAAAUCCAAAAGCCAAGCUGUGUGCAAAUUCAAAAAAAGAAGAAAAAAAGUGAAAAGUAAAAAGUAAAAGAGAAGAGCAAUGCAAGAAACAGUACUUUUUGAAAUAGCAAAUUAUUAGUUUAAUACCUAUUUAUUUAUUUAUGUGCAAGUUGUGCAAACUGGUGUUAUUAUUUUAUUUAUAUGUUGAGAAUUGAUUUACGAAUCGAACUGAUUGGAACCGAAACUGAACAGAAGCGAACACUUGAACAAUGAGCCGCAACAAUGUUAUUAAUCCAAAUUGAGAAUCGAACAAUAACUAGACUUAAUGAGAAACCCCAACAAAAUCAUGAAUGAACAGAUGCAAAUGUUUGCAGUAUCUAAACUUAAGAUUAAGCAGAAAGUGAAAAAGCUCAAUAAUCACUUGAAUUGAAUUGAUGAACAAAGGACUAUUGAUACCUCUUAGCUGCAUGCGGCCAACGCUUUCAAAAAUAAAUACAAAAUUUCUGAGCACCUCGGUGCAGGACAAAAUUUGGAGGAUAUCCAAUUCAAGGAUAAACCGGGCCGUCGUCAGAGGAGAAAAAGGGAAACAAAUUUUUGAUUUAUUUUUCAAAGCAAGACAACCAUUAACCGCUUGUGGUCACAUGCUUGAUGAAACUCGAUCGAAUAAUGAAUCUAUUAUACAUAUACUAUAUUUAAGUGUUAAGCAUAAGCAUCGGCUAAUGUCGAAAAGUCGUAUAUAUCCCCAUGAAUGGUCGAUUUGCCGAACUUUCAGCAAACAUUUCAACGCAAAGUUUGCUGGAUUUUGGAGAUUGACAGGACAUGGCAUCACAUACAAUAUAAAAUACAAUUUACAUAAUCGUUAUAAUUAUAAUUAUGAAUGUUUAAUAAGCCAUUUUUGUAAAUGUUCAGCUUUUGGCCAGUGUGUGCAAGCUAAAAGCUGAACAUCCUUAUGAAUAAUGAAUCGUGUUGUUUAAUCUGUCAUCUGUCAUGUUUUGUCCCCAUGUUUUUUGCUUGUUUUUGAAUCCGUUUUAUGUUAGUUAUGUUAUCCCAACCCCAGUCCAGUAUACAUACACACACCAUUCAAAAUUUCGCGUACAAUAGUUUUAAAUGCGUUCGCCCUUAAACAGCACCAGUUGAUUAAGCGUUAAGUUGCGUUAUGUAAAAUGUAUUUUGUCUAAGCAAUCGCGUCGGCCACAAUGUGCAUGAUUGCCUCGCGUUUUGCGAUUUGCGAUUCGCGAUACUAACCUAAGCUUAAGCCCCAGCGAACUGUAACCGUUGAAAUUGAAGUCAAACCCAGUAUUAAAUGUAUAGAUAAGGGCAGCUAUCAGCAACCAGCAACUCCCACAAUUAAUAGACUCACCACAGAUAUAUCGUGCACAUUGUUUGCGCCACACAAAUUGUUCAUUUUGUCAGAAGAUUUUGCAGACCCAAAAAUCGUAAUCAUUUAAUUAAUUGCGGGGCAAAAUCUUCACAAAAUUGAUUGAAAUUAUUAAUCUUAAUGUGAGAUGUAUCGCAGAAACAACAAAGCGUAAAGAUCUGUUCAUUAACACCAAAUAAAGGCAUACGAGUCAAGAUGAGAGAACACAUUUAUUAGUCUUAAGCCUCUGCCCCCACAAACACUCACUAAGUUUUGUCUAUCUGUAAUGUGACAAAAAAGCAUGUUAUAUCAUAAAAACCAUAAAGACCCCUCAAUGAAACUAUGUAAAAUGUAAUUAAACGAAUAAACAGUGAAAUAAAGUUGGAA